ACCGAUGGCGGCGGCCGCGCUGAGGAACCCGGCUCAGGUUCCCCUGACUACAGAUGCACUUCCAGGCUUCACACAGGGCUCUGUGACCUUUGAGGACGUGGCCAUUUACUUCUCCCAGGAAGAGUGGGGGCUCCUUGAUGAGGCUCAGAGGCUCCUGUACCACGAUGUGAUGCUGGAGAACUUUGCACUUAUAUCCUCACUGGUUUGUUGGCAUGGAACAGAGGACGAAGAGACACCUUCUGCGGAGAGCAUUUCUGUAGAAAGACUGUCACAGGUCAGGACUCCGAAGGCAGGUCCGUCCACCCAGAAUACUCACCCCUGUGAGACAUGUGUCCCAAUCCUGACAGACAUUUUGCACCCGGCUGAUCUGCCUGGGCAAAAACUAUACUUGAUUGGGGCAUGUGCGACCUUUCGCCAGGAUCAGAAGCAUUACAGUGCUGAGAAACUCUUGAAAAGCGACGUGAACAAGCCCUUGUUUGUGAAGCGUUACCUAUUCCAUGUGUCAGGGAAGCCCUUCACCAGUAAGGAGUUUGGGCAGGACCUCCCAGCCACACUUGGCCUUCUCCAGCCCCAGGCCAUUCCCAACUGUGAGAAGCCAGAGAAAAUCAUCGAGUAUGAGGAGGCCUUUCACACUGGAACAAGUCAUUACAAGUGGGGUGAAUGCAGAAAAGCUACUAACCACAAACAUACUUUUGUUCACCCAAGAGUCUAUGCUGGAAAAAGCCUUUAUGAAUCUAGCAAAUGUGGGAAAGCCUACCGCUGUGAGUACUCAAUUGUUCAGCUCCAGAGAGUCCACAAUGGAGAAAGGCCGUACGAAUGCAGUGUAUGUGGGAAAUGUUUUAGCCAAACCUCCCACCUAAAUGACCAUCAGAGAAUCCACACUGGAGAAAGGCCUUAUGUGUGUGGUCAGUGUGGGAAAUCAUUCAGCCAAAGAGCUACCCUCAUUAAACAUCACAGAGUUCACACCGGAGAAAGGCCUUAUGAAUGUGGUGAAUGUGGGAAAUCGUUUAGCCAGAGUUCCAAUCUUAUUGAACACUGCAGAAUUCACACUGGAGAAAGGCCUUAUGAGUGCGAUGAAUGUGGAAAAGCCUUUGGGUCCAAAUCCACUCUUGUUCGGCACCAGAGAACUCACACAGGAGAAAAGCCUUAUGAAUGUGGUGAAUGUGGGAAAUUCUUUACACAGAGCCACAGCCUUCUGGAACACCAGAUAAUUCACACUGGAGCAAGGCCGUAUGAGUGUGGCCAGUGUGGGAAAUCAUUUAGCCUAAAAUAUGGCCUCAUUCAGCACCAGUUAAUUCACAGUGGAGCUAGGCCUUUUGAGUGUGACCAGUGUGGAAAAUCAUUUAGCCAAAGAACCACCCUCAAUAAACACUACAAAGUUCACACUGCAGAAAGACCUUAUGUGUGCGGGGAAUGUGGGAAAGCUUUUAUGUUCAAAUCUAAACUUGUUCGGCACCAGAGAACUCACACUGGAGAAAGGCCUUUUGAGUGCAGUGAAUGUGGGAAAUUUUUUAGACAAAGCUAUACCCUUGUUGAACACCAGAAAAUUCACACUGGAUUAAGGCCGUAUGACUGUGGCCAGUGUGGAAAAUCGUUUAUCCAAAAGUCUGGCCUCAUUCAACACCAGGUGGUUCACACUGGAGAAAGACCUUAUGAGUGUGGCAAAUGUGGGAAAUCCUUUACACAACACUCUGGCCUCAUUCUCCACCGAAAAUCUCACACUGUGGAGAGGCCCCAUUAAGAGAGCAAAUGUGGAAAAGGCUUCAG